AUGGCCGAAGAACCAACGACUUCAAGUUCAUCGCGAAAUGGCGUCAUGGCCAAUGGUACAAGUGCGCCGAAGACCUUUCCAAUCCAGAUCACUGGUGAGUCAAAUGGAGAGCAGUAAUUUAAACGUUUUUGUUUUUUUUGUUUAUCUGUUACCUAAAAUUUUUAUAUUCCAGUUGUAUCAGCCAAAUUGAACGGAUCUGGAGGUAUCUUGGGCAAACCAGAUGUUUAUGUAGAGCUUUCCGUUGAUUCUGCCGACGGUAAAAAGUCGGGAAUCAAGAAACGGACCAACAAUCCACAGUGGGAUGAGGUGUUCGAUGUUAUCGUGACGGACUCAUCGGUCAUAGACUUCAAGGUAUACUGCAAAAACAAGCUUUUUGAUGACAAUUUAUUCGGAUCCAAGGCGGCCAAGGUAUCGCAUUGGGUCAAAAAAGAUUCCGAUAACGGGAAAUGUGAGUGAUUCAUAAAUCGAAUUUUAAUCUUUUUAGUUACAAACACCGCCAUAACUCUUCAAUUGACUGGAAAAGAUAAUCAAAAAGUGGGAGAGUUAAAAUUGAUGGUGAAUGGGGUAGUAGAGAGGAAGAGGCGAAGUGCACGUCAGAACGGAACGCCACAGAACGGAGUGGAGAACGGUGGAGAUCGAAGAAACAACGGAAAGAGGGACACCAUCAUGUCCAGACCACAAGAUCAACCGUCUUCUUCCAAUGGAACAGAAGAACCUCUGCCUGCUGGGUGGGAGAUGAGGCACGAUGCCUAUGGAAGGACGUAUUAUGUCGACCACACGACAAAGAGCACGACUUGGGAAAGGCCUAGUAAUCAGCCAUUUCCUCCUGGGUAUGUUACGAAAUCUUUUCUUUAAUUAUUUGUUUAGGUGGGAAAUGAGAAGAGAUCCUCGGGGACGUGUUUACUACGUUGAUCAUAACACUAGAACGACUACCUGGCAAAGACCAACCACUGAUAUGCUGGCGGCCCAUGAGCAAUGGCAGUCUGGCAGAGAUCAAGCCAUGCAUCAAUGGGAACAAAGAUUCCUUUACCAAGCUCACGACGAUCCUCUGGGACCUCUACCUGAAGGCUGGGAGAGAAGGGAAGACCCAAAUAGUGGAAGGCAGUACUUUGUUAACCAUGUAAAUAAAACUACCCAAUGGGAAGAUCCGAGAACCCAAGGAUUGCAGGAUUCUCCCCUUCCCGAAGGAUGGGAAGUCCGCAUAACCGACCAUGGAAUACCUUUCUUUAUUGACCACAACACCAAGACUACCACUUACAAUCACCCAAGAACUGGAAAACCUGUUGGGCCCUUGAAUUUCUCCAAUCUUAACAUUUCUAUGGACAAGACGUUUAAGUUCAAAAUUGCCCAAUUCCGGUAUUUGUGUUUGUCAAAUGGAGUUCCAAAUCACGUCAAGAUAACAGUUUCUAGAGGCAAUUUGUUCGAAGAUUCCUUCCAGGAAAUAAUGAGAAAGAAUGCAGUCGAUUUGAGACGGCGAUUAUACAUACAGUUUAAGGGUGAGGAUGGGCUCGAUUAUGGUGGAAUUGCAAGGUAAGUCUCAAGGUUUAUUUUUUCUAAUUCUUGUUUUUUAGGGAGUGGUUCUUCUUAUUGUCACACGAAGUGUUAAAUCCAAUGUAUUGCUUGUUUAUGUAUGCUGGAACGUCCAACUAUUCUCUCCAGAUUAAUCCCGCCAGCUUUGUAAAUCCAGAUCAUCUAAAAUAUUUCGAAUUCAUUGGUCGUUUUAUCGCGAUGGUAAGAAUGUCCAUUUGUAAUCAGUUCAUGUUACUUUAGGCCCUUUUCCAUGGAAAAUUCAUCUACAGCGGGUUCACUCUGCCUUUUUACAAAAAGAUGUUGAAUAAAAAAAUAACUUUGAAAGAUCUGGAGUCCGUCGAUUCGGAGUUUUACAACUCGAUUGUUUGGAUUCGGGACAACAACAUUGACGACUGUGAUAUGGAGUUAUACUUCGUCGUAGAUUACGAAUUACUCGGUGAAGUGAAAACGCAUGAACUAAAAGAAGGAGGAACUGAUUGCAAGGUCGACGAGACAAACAAGGAGGAAUACAUUGAGAUGCUGGUCGAAUGGAGGUUCAAUCGAGGAAUCGAGCAACAAACGAGAGCCUUCUUUAGUGGAUUUACAUCUGUUUUCCCGCUUGAAUGGCUACAAUACUUUGAUGAAAGAGAAUUGGAACUCCUACUAUGUGGAAUGCAAGAAAUCGAUGUAGAUGAUUGGCAAAGAAACACAGUAUACAGACACUACGCACCUCAGAGCAAACAGAUCAUAUGGUUCUGGCAAUUCGUUAGAAGUUUGGACCAAGAGAGGAAGUCCAAAUUACUCCAGUUUGUAACCGGAACUUGCCGAGUCCCAGUUGGUGGAUUCUCGGAGCUAAUUGGAUCUACCGGACCGCAAUUGUUCUGCAUUGAGAGGGUUGGCAAGGAGAAUUGGCUACCUCGUUCUCAUACUUGUUUCAAUCGCCUGGACUUACCUCCUUACCGGUCAUAUGAUCAAUUGGCCGAGAAGUUGAGUGCAGCGAUCGAUAUGACUGAAGGCUUCGGAAACGAAUAA